CCCUACAUCAAACCGGGAAAAGAAAAAAAGAAGUAUCACCAACCGGCGGCGGCUGCCAAAAACCUACCUUACCGCCGCUAUAAACCCUACGAAGAGGGUAAAAAGGAGGCGAGCCAGCCGAAGGAACCCCCAGAGGAAGCGGCCGUUUUUGACAUCUCGUAUGGGCGAUUUCGCUGGAAUCCUCCGAGGUUGAUUGUACCGCACCGCGUAAAAGAGGAGAUAAACACGCUAAAAAACUAAGGAAAAAGGAAAACGCAAUCUUCUCUUCGUCCGCCGCCGCUUCUUCUCUCCAUUGGUAGCAGCUUAAUCCAACCCCAACCCAGCCCGCCGCCAUGGAGGCGCUGACGGCCACGGACAAAUGCUUCUCCCCGGCCAGGGCGAUGUCCCCGAUGCCGAUUAUGAGGCCCUCUUCAUCGCCGGACGCUGCCGGUCAGUACCUGGAGGAGUUGCUGCAGGAGCAACAGAAGCUUGGGCCUUUCGUGCAGGUGCUCCCAAUCUGCGGCAGGCUGCUGAAUCAAGAGAUAAUGAGAAUAUCAAGCAUGCUUUCGCACCUUGGAGUUAGGGGAAAUGAGAGGUUGCCAAUUGCAAGUCCAAAUCAUAUGCAUCCAUUGCCCCGGGUACCUAAUUUUUGUGGAAAUGGUUUUGGUCCGUGGAAUGGGCUGCAUCCUGAGAGAACUGGUUUUCCUAGGGGAGCGAUGGGCUGGCAAGGUGCUGCACAGAGCCACCCCUCUUACAUUGUCAAGAAGAUCGUGCGGUUGGAAGUUCCAACAGAUGCUUACCCUAAUUUUAAUUUCAUUGGCCGCCUGCUUGGGCCGAGAGGAAACUCACUGAAGAGAGUUGAAGCCACUACAGGCUGCCGUGUUUUCAUCAGAGGCAAGGGCUCCGUAAAAGAUCCUGUCAAGGAGGAACAGCUCAAGGGAAGGCCUGGCUAUGAGCACUUGGGUGAUCCAACUCAUAUCCUGAUUGAGGCUGAAUUACCUGCCGAUGUCAUUGACACAAGACUGGCACAAGCACAGGAAAUACUAGAGGAGCUGUUGAAACCAGUGGAUGAAUCACAAGACACUUUCAAGAGGCAACAGCUUCAAGAGCUUGCUAUGUUGAACUCAACAUAUCGAGAGGAUAGCCCCCUUCAGAAUGGCAGUGCCUCUCCCUUCAGCAAUGGUGGCACAAAACAAGGGAAACAGUGACUGCGGGUGCUCAUCCCUCCCCCUUGAUCCUUUCAGAAACUGUCUAGUCAGUCCUGCUCUCAUGACAUAGCUUCUGAUGUGCAAGCUCCUGUGAUGGUGUUGGAAUCAUGCCAUUGCUAGCUGGUGAAUUUUGAUCUCCCUGAUGACAUUAACCUGCGGCUGAGAUGACAAGUAGUGAGUCCUCCAUGGUUGUAUAAUUAGAAUACUUAAUGUUUCCUUGUCACCGACUGUUAGUGCUGAUCGAUAUGGUGAUAGUGCAGAGAGUUCUAAGUUACAGUGAGCUAGACUUCCAGAAUUUUAAGUUACUUGACUACAAGACUAUGCCUACGCAACAUUUUCGAUUUGUUAAAUUAAUGAAAGUGUUUGCCGACACAUAUCUUAUAAAUCUCGAGGCGCAUUUUCUGUAGCCUGUUGGGCUA